UAUAGGCGGGGGUGGCGGCGGCGGUGAAGGUGACGGGGGCGCCAGCGGGAACAUGGCGGCGGCAGCGGGGGCGAUGCUGUGCGGGCGGCGGCCGGCCGCGGGGCUGCUGCGGGCUCUGAAAUAUCCAAGCCGUGGCUAUGCAUCACAGCGUACUAUAAAUGAGGUGGUGAUAGCAAGUGCCGUAAGGACACCUAUUGGAUCUUUCCAAGGAUCUCUUUCAUCACUGCCAGCCAAUAAACUUGGUUCUAUUGCAAUUAAGGGAGCAAUUGACAGAGCAGGAAUCCCUGCAGAAGAAGUGAAAGAGGCCUAUAUGGGCAAUGUCCUGCAGGCUGGACAAGGACAAGCUCCAGCAAGACAAGCAGUCUUGGGUGCAGGUCUUCCAAUUGCCACUCCUACCACAACGGUCAAUAAAGUCUGUGCUUCAGGAAUGAAAUCAAUCAUGAUGGCAGCACAAAGCCUGAUGUGUGGGAGUCAGGAUGUUAUGGUUGCUGGUGGAAUGGAGAGCAUGUCUAAUGUUCCCUACACGAUGAGCAGAGGGGCAACACCUUACGGAGGAGUAAAGCUGGAAGACCUGAUAGUAAAAGAUGGGCUGACAGAUGCUUAUAACCAUAUCCAUAUGGGCAACUGUGCUGAGAACACUGCAAAGAAGUUCACUAUUUCCAGAGAGGAGCAGGACACUUAUGCCAUAGGCUCCUACACCAAGAGCAAAACAGCCUGGGACUCAGGAGUACUGAAAAAUGAAAUAGUUCCUGUCACUAUUUCAAAAAAAGGGAAGCCAGAUACAGAAGUGAAAGAAGAUGAAGAAUACAAACGUGUUGAUUUCAGUAAAGUUCCAAAGCUGAAAGCUGUUUUCCAAAAAGAAAAUGGAACAGUUACAGCUGCUAAUGCCAGUACUCUGAAUGAUGGAGCUGCUGCUUUGGUGCUGAUGACUACAGAUGCAGCCAAGAGACUGAAAGUCAAACCCUUGGCACGGAUAGUAGCUUUUGCAGAUGCUGCUGUUGAUCCUAUUGACUUUCCAAUUGCACCUGCAUAUGCUGUUCCCAAGAUUCUAAGUGAGACAGGUCUGAAAAAAGAAGAUAUUGCAAUGUGGGAAAUAAAUGAAGCAUUCAGUGUUGUGGUGCUGGCCAAUAUUAAAAUGCUGGGCAUUGAUCCACAGAAAGUAAAUAUUAAUGGAGGUGCUGUCUCUCUUGGACAUCCAAUAGGAAUGUCUGGAGCAAGAAUUGUUGUUCACAUGGCCCAUGCUUUGAAACCAGGACAAUAUGGUCUUGCAGGAAUCUGCAAUGGAGGAGGAGGUGCUUCUGCAAUACUGAUACAGAAGCUGUAGCCCAAGUAGCAUCAGGAACACAGCCUUAAAUGGUCUCUGAUCAAAAUUGAGUGGUAGCUGUUACAUCUUAUUUAUCAAUCAGUGGCUGAAUUCUGUAACUCCUAUUCUAAAAUUUCCUAAAGCAUCAGUGAUUACAGAUCCAGACAACUGGCCUUUUAUUGCUUUAUCAGUGCAAGUUUUUAUACAAAUAAACAAUGUCAAAUUUUAAUUCUGGCUUAAAACCUGACAAUAAAGAAUGUUAACUAUG